AUGUCAAAAGUUUUCUUCGAUGUCACCUCUGAUGGUCAACCAUUAGGUAGAAUUACCUUCCAAUUAUACAACGAUGUUGUUCCAAAAACUGCUGAAAAUUUCAGAGCUUUAGCUACUGGUGAAAAAGGUUUUGGUUAUGAAAAUUCUCCAUUCCACAGAGUUAUUCCACAAUUCAUGUUACAAGGUGGUGAUUUCACUCGUGGUAACGGUACUGGUGGUAAAUCAAUCUAUGGUGAAAAAUUUGCUGAUGAAAACUUCUCAAAGAAGCAUACUAAACCAGGUUUAUUAUCAAUGGCCAAUGCUGGUCCAAACACCAAUGGAUCUCAAUUCUUCAUCACCACUGUUCCAUGUCCAUGGUUAGAUGGUAAACAUGUUGUUUUCGGUGAAGUUGUUGAUGGUUUUGAUGUUGUUAAAAAGAUUGAAACUUUAGGUUCAAACUCUGGUGCUACUAGAACUCAACUUUUAGUUUCAAAAUCUGGUGAAUUAUAA